AUGGAACCAAAAACCACUCUAUUGAAAAAUGCAGUAGAGAAAGGUGACCUCAAAACCGUGAGGACGUUAUUACAAAAAAAUAGAGAUUUAAUAAAAGAACCACUUUUAUUACAUAUCAUAUUAUCUCUUCAUUCAUAUGAAGUAAUUGAUUUGUGUCAUGCAGUUAUAACAGCAGGAUGUAUUUGUGGAGCAAAAAAUGAAAAAGGAGAAACCCCGUUACAUUUAGCAGCACGAACCAAUAAUUUAAUUUUAGUUGAGAUGAUAGUUGAAAAUUCAAUGAGAAAAGAAAAUAAAAAUAUUCCAGAAAAUGCUAGUAUUAAUAUAAAUGCAAUUGAUAAUGAAGGUAAAACACCACUUCAUGUAGCAGCAGCAACAACAUGUGCAGAACCAAGUGUAGUAAAAUAUCUUAUUCAAAAUGGAGCAUCUAUUGUUUCUAUUGAUAAUAAUGGAAUGACUCCAUACGAUUACGCAGAAAAAUUAAAACACUUUGCAAAAGCACAACUAUUAAAUAUUGAAGAGGAACCAGAAACUGAUGAAACACAUACGUAUGAUGCAUUUAAUUUUGAAGUAUCAUAUCCUGAUCAAUCACCACGUAAAGAAAGACAUUCAGAUAAUGUAAAAUGGUCUGUUAUUGUUGGACAAUGGAAAAAUGCAACUACUAAAGAACAAAAAUGGGUUAAAAAACAUUUGAGUGUAUUAAACCCAAAUGUCCGAGCAAGAAUGUGGGAAUGUUUUACUCAUGCUACAUCAACAAAAGCUGUUCAUGAAGAAUAUUUAAAAUCCUUUUCAGAAGGAAGUAAACGAAUUAGUCCAGAAAUAUUAAAAGAAAUUAGGAUGAAUCUUAAUGUUUUUAAUGACCAUAGAGUAUUUAUUGAAGGAAGAGGAAAAUAUAAAUUAGAAAGAUUAGUUGUUUCUUACUUAUAUGAUGAGACUAUUGGAGAUGAAUCAGUAGAAUUAAGUGAUGAAGAAAGAAAUAAAAAAAUCAAAAGUGUAGUUACACCAUCACUCUGUAAAAUUGGUGGGUUGUUGUUAUGUGUUGUUGGUGAGGAUGUAGCAUUUUCAUUAUUAAGACAAUUAAGAAGUGAUAAAUAUUCCAUUGGUAACUUCUUAGAUAUUGAAAUGCCAGAAACAUUAUUUAUUUUUCCUCGUUUAUUUAAAAUAGAAAUAGCAAUAUUAUAUGAUAAAUUAAGUGCAAUAGGAUUUGAACUUAACUAUUUUAUUACUUGGUUUGCUGAUUUAUUUAUUGAUGUUUUUCCUGUUAGGUUAGUUAUACGUAUUUGGGAUUAUUAUUUGUAUGAAGGAAAAGAUGUUUUAUAUAUUAUCGCAAUUAAUUAUUUGAAGUACUUAAAAAGUGAUUUAAUGAAAGUUACCUCUGCUGAUGAAGCUUAUGCAUUAAUAGAAACUGUUUCAAAUAAAUUAUCUGAUUCUUUUAUCACUUCUUUACUGAAAGAAAAAAUUGAAAAGUCAACAUUACAAACUAUUCGAUCUAAUUUCAAAAAUCAUUGUUAUUUCAAAGCUCAAAAUCAAAAAAUUAUAACAAUUUAA